AUGGAAGAUGGUGAAAUAGGAGCAUAUUUAUUGGUCACUGGGUUGCUUAUAUUUGUUUAUACAGUGUUAAAAUGGAACGAUUUAAGGUACGGCGGAAAAUCAUUACCUCCGGGAACAAUGGGAUUGCCAUUUUUUGGCCAGACCGUUGAGUUUCUCAAGCAGGGACCUGAUUUUAUGAAAGCUCAAAGGGCCAGAUAUGGAAGUAUGUUCAAAACUCAUAUACUAGGAAGCCCUACAAUUGUGUGCAUGGAUGCUGAGGUGAACAAGUACAUUCUCAUGAAUGAAAGCAAGGGAUUUGUUCCUGGCUAUCCCAAGGCUAUGCAUAAUAUUCUUGGGCAAAACAAUAUUGGUGCCGUUCAUGGUUCUCCUCACAAAAUUUUGAGAGGCUCAUUGCUUUCACUCAUUUCUCCAAUCAUGAUCAAAGAGUCGCUUUUGCCAAGAAUCGACAAUGUCAUCCGUUACCUUGUCGAUGGUUUAAAUGGUAAAACUAUCGAUAUUCAGGAGAAAACUGAAGAGAUGGCAUACUUGGUAUCCUUUAGCCAAAUAUUUUGUAAUAUUGAACCAGGUACUUCACUAUAUAAUGUACUCAAGUCAGAGUUUGAUAAGUUGACACUUGGAACCUUGUCCUUGCCAAUUAACCUUCCUGGUACAAACUACUAUAAGGGACUCAUGAGUAGUAAAAAUAUAAUGAAAUAUGUGAGCAAGAUCAUAGAAGGGAGGAGAGUUGCUUCAGUCCCACCUCACAAGGACCAACUUAAUGAGCUUUUAGGGAUUAUAGACUCUAAAUAUCAACUUAGUGAUGAAGACGUAAUUAACCAGAUAUUCACAUUGCUGUACUCAGGAUAUGAAACUGUCUCGACUACUACAAUGAUGGUGCUUAAGUAUCUUCAUGAUCAUCCAAAAGCUCUUCAAGAACUCCGUGAUGAACAUUUUAGGAUCCGUGAAGGCAAAAAGCCUGAUGAGGGAAUUGACUGGAGUGAAUACAAGUCCAUGACUUUUACGCGUGCUGUGAUCUUUGAAGCCACCAGGUUAAAAACUGUUGUCAAUGGGGUCUUGAGGAGAACAAUAGAAGAUGUUGAGCUGAAUGGGUUCGUCAUUCCUAAGGGUUGGAAAAUCUAUGUCUACACAAGGGAAAUAAACUACGAUCCGUUACUCUACCCAGAGCCUUUUACCUUUAAUCCCUGGAGAUGGCUGCAUGAUAAGAGCUUGGAGUCGCACAAGUACUUCUUGUUAUUCGGAGGAGGAACUAGGGUCUGCCCUGGGAAAGAGAAGGCUCUUGUUAGCAUAUCUUUGUUCCUUCACUACUUUGUUACUAGCUACAGAUGGGAAGAAGUUGGAGAACAGAAGAUCAUGAACUUUCCGAGGGUGCAAGCACCUAAUGGACUGAAGAUAAGGAUUUCUAGUUACUGA